AGAGUUCAUGGUUUAUUUGAUUUUUCUUUUGUUGUUUCCAGUAGGAUUGAUGCAGAUGAAGCUGCAGAGUUGGUCAGUGAAUGCACCAGCAGAGGGAGACCAUGUCACAUGACAGAGCUGGAAACACUGCUCUGCUUUUCAUUUCCCCUUUUCUACACAUUUUAAUCAAUAAAAGUGGUACUCAUACAUAGCAAUUAUAGAAAUAAGAUGUUUAAAUAUCCCAAAAGCAUUAUAAGACUGAAUAAUUUUGAUAUUUACGCCUAUACUUAAUGUAAAAUAGACCUUUAAAACAUGUUUUAAAUUAAUCCUAAUUUAAAAACUAGUUUAGCAAUUCUUAACAGUUGUCUUUACAUAGAAAAUAUUUUUUAUAAUUAUUUGACAUAAAGUAUUAUUUUUUUUAUCACAUUGUUAAAUUUUCCUGUGAUUAAAGUUAAUGAUGUAGUAAUAUAUUUGUGAGCUGAUUAAAGGGUUAAACUGAGUCGGACAUGACACUGAAAUGUGAUCCAGUUCCUGAUGAAUGAGUCUGGUUGUGGUUGAGACCUCGUUACCUAGUUGCUUUUUACUUCUAAUUUUCACAGGUGGUUUUUCGUGUCGUCAUCACAAUCUUUUUUUGUGCACGAGCUGCAAUGUAAAGCUCACGCGCCUGUCCUGUAAGUGCGUCGCGCGCUGUGCCGUCGUCCCCCGCGCACUGCGUCAUGGCGACAUGAGGUGGAAAAGUUACGCAUUUCCUAACCGGAGUGUGAGGAAUACCUCUGUGACAGCCUGCAGAUCUACAUUUCAUGGUGGACUACAGUGUGUCAGAUGCAGCAGUCUCAAAGAGAGGUGGUGGCCCUUUUAAAAUGGAGGAGCUGUCUCUAAGUGCCUUGCUGGAAUGCCCUCUGUGUUUCGAGCCACUGGACGUGUCAGCCAAGGUGCUGCCCUGCCAGCACACUUUCUGUAAAUCCUGCUUGCAGCAGAGGCACCAGGCUGCCCACUCCCAGCUGCUCUGCCCAGAGUGUCGAGCUCCUGUCUCGGCCAGGACGGUGGAGGAGCUUCCUACAAACAUCCUGCUGGUGCGGCUCCUGGAGGGGCUCCAGGGGCCCAGCAGGGACAGACACACAGCCCGCUACGCAAUGCCCUCGGUCAGGGGCGGCUUGACUGUCAGGGAGGGUCAGCAGCAGCAGCUUGAGAGUCAACACAGAGAGAAGCAAGGGCACAAUGAGCUUGCUCUCAGAGUUUCGAUGCAUAACCGACGUGGUGAUUCGUCAGGAGAGCUGGUCCUCACGCCUGCGAACGGUAUCACGCCGAAACACAAAGUGGAUGAGGGUUGGCACCACGGAAACGCCAGCGACAGUAGCGGUGCUUCUGUCACUGCCAGCACGCCGCAGGCCGUCAGCCAGAUGCCUCAGCUGCAGCCCCUCCAGCAGUCCCAACCUCCGGCUCUCUGCAGGGCGCUGCUCGACUUUAACCCCGAAGAGAGGAAUCUGGAAGACAGUAAAUAUUGUCUCAGCUUCCUCAAGGGGGACAUCCUUACUGUCAUCAGACGGGUGGAUGAACACUGGAUUGAAGCCAAGCUCGGGGACAAAGUUGGAAUUUGCCCUCUGCAGUUUACAGAGUCUGUGCAGCGUCUCUCUGAGCACCAGUCAACCCUCCCCGGCUUACUGGCUGGUACUUAUGCUCCCGUCUGCCUGCCCGUCCAACAAGUUGUAGGGCCAAACACGGUGGCUGCCAAACUGCUAGAGGGGAAGAGUCGGAAGGGGAGUGACUCAACAGAAUUUUACCAUCGGACCGGGAGCGGGGGCAAAGACAAGGCCACUGACGUAUCCAAUGCGACCACCCAUUACGGAGUCUCUCAAGUCCCAGCGAAGACAUCCGUCAUCAAUGCUUUGCCCCUCUCCAACCAGCGGAAACAGCCCACAGCCAGCAGCAUCAACUUUUAUCCGACUACCAGAGGAGAGACAAGCAACAUCAGCACCUUCAACAAUUUCAGCCGUCCGGGUCAGCCACACCACCUCUCUGUGUCUCUUGCUGCCCAGGGCCAUUCUCAUCCCUCGAGAGUGAACUCUCAGCGAACCAGACGCCACUCUGACACCACACACAGACACCUACAGAGCGAGAAGAAGAUGAGCAGUGAGACUCCACCCACCAUCUCUAUGGCUCUGGUGAACCCUCAAAUGUCCUCUGCCUCUGCAGACAGCAAACACUCCUCCACGCAGCAGCUCUCCAUCAGUGUGUGUGCCGUCCUGUACUCCUACAAACCACGACGGCCUGAGGAACUGGAGCUGAGGAAAGGAGAGAUGGUGGGAGUGUACGGAAAGUUCAAGGAAGGUUGGCUGCGUGGGUUAUCGCUCAGAACGGGCAAAGUGGGCAUUCUGCCCAGCAACUACAUCACGCCUGUGCUCAGAACCUCAGCCAGACUCCUGGAGACCAAAGCAGCUAUUGCGUCCUCACAGUACAACACAGUAGCUGGAAAGAAACCCACAGCUGCCAAGAAUCCUGCUGUGGUCCUUGCUCUUGAUAGGGUAAACUCUGAUGGAGCGAUUUACUCAUCAGGACAGAUCCCAUCUGUACCAAAUGGAGCACAGCAUGCAAUGUCAUCCACUGGCGCUGGAAAACCGUCCCUCUAUGGGGCUUCACAAGGUUGGGACACUGUGAGGCGCAUCUUUAACCCUCACAGAGGCUCAAACCACUUCUCCCAUACGUCCAAUCUGAACUUCCCAUCCAACUCGCAGCACUUUGCACAAGUUCAGACGUCUGGCUACUCGCCUGCCCUGCAGAGGAAGAAAAACUCUGGCAGACCACGCGGCUGGAUGACUGAGUCAGCAGCGCCCUCUGCUGCUGCAGUCUUUAAGGACAGGAACUUCACUGCUUCACAUGAGCAUGACAGACAGCCUCCGAAUGGGCCUCAUUCAAUUCUAGUCAGACCCGACUCACACAAGAAUAAUACAGACAAGCCGGCAAAGUCAGUGCGGUUCUUCACAGAUGAAGACUCCCCUCCUCCAAGGCGUCGGACCGCCUCCUGGUCGUCAGGAAAUCACGUUCCCUCCAACAGCCGCCCUGGCCCCCCUCUGUUAGAAGUGUGGGCCCCAUCGCUCACGCUGGGAAGAGACGGACCAGGGAUCAUUCUCAAAGAAGGAAAAGCUCCUAUUCUCAGGAAAGGCCUUGAAAAUGCCAGUUCGGAUCUAAAUUUGAACCAGCAGAAACCAAUAUUGUCACAGCCGUCGCUAUCAGCCGUGUCGGCUCAGUUCAGCCCCAGCAGACACAGAGUGACCACAACGCAUUUAGCCCAGACGGACUCAGAGCUCAGUCUGCUUCAAGGAGACCUCGUCCUCGUGCAUAGGGCUCGACCCGAUGGACGCGUUCUGGUUACUCAGGAGAGUAGCGGGCAGACGGGCUUAUUCCACAGCAUUGUUCUUCAAGCCCUCGAGAGGCUCAGCUGACUGCACUGUUAUGUAUAUUUCUAUAUUCCACGUGUUCAAACUGCCAAAUGACUUGAAUGAUCUGCUGAACAACAAGAUGUGUGUUGAGGUCCAAAGGUUAAUACUGCCAUUGACAAUCCUUUGUAGGAGGUGUUUAUUUUUGUCCUGAAUGCAUAUGAGAGUGUGGUUAAAUCCUCCAGAGAUAUAUAGUGUGUCCUUUAAUGUAUGUGCAUGUUUGUUACACAUGUACUAUUAUAAGACUUUACACAGAAUCCCACCUAAAGACUGUUCCUUGUUUAAUACCCAUGUUACACACAUUGGUGAGUGCCUUUGUCAAAACCCACAAAGAAACAAACUAUAUUUAAAUAUAUUUAGAGAAAUUAUGAGGUAAAAUAUAUGUACUGCCUAUGUGGUAAUAAACUAUACAUAAAAAUG